GUAACAUAAAACAGAUCACAGAUCUUUUUUUUGUCUAUAAUACUGAAAAUUGUCUUGACAUUGACAUAUUUAUCAACAAGUUCAAAAUUUUCAGGUUAUUUUCAGGACAGUUGAGUUCAUUUGAGUUCAUUAUACAACUUCGACGUAAAAAACUGACAAAUAUUUAGUAAAGUUAUUUUACGUGACAAACGAAUAAAUAAAAUAAGCAUAAAAAUGCGUUCUUCUUUUAGAAUAAUAAGGUGUUAUACCACUGCGGCUAAUAGUAACAAUUUUGCAGAAGAAAUGAAGAAACACUUUAUUCCGACUAACUCAUUUCAGAAAGCAAUAUUAACUGUUGGUUCAGCAGCUAUCUCUUUAUUAAAUCCCCAUCGAGGCGACAUGAUCGCAUGCUUAGGAGAAGUGACCGGAGAAAGCGCACUAAUACACAUGCAACAAAGAAUAUCAGAGACACAGGAGGGUUUAGAAAUACUCAAAGAGAAGCCGCGUAUAAAUUCUAAAACUGUUUCGUUUGAUAAACUUGCUGAAAUGCCAGAAAACACACUAGGCCGUGUUUACGCGGAUUUUAUGACUGAGAAUAACAUCACGGCGGAUUCUCGUUUACCAGUACAGUUUAUUGAAGAUCCUGAGUUAGCUUAUGUGAUGCAACGUUACAGAGAAGUGCAUGAUUUGGUUCAUGCUACAUUGUUUAUGAGAACAACUAUGUUAGGAGAGGUUACAGUGAAAUGGGUUGAAGGUAUACAAACUACACUGCCUAUGUGCAUCAAUGGUGGGAUAUGGGGAGCAGGCAGACUGAAGCCAAAGCAUCGCCAGAUGUAUCUGAAAUAUUACUUGCCAUGGGCCAUCAAAACUGGGAAUAAUGCCAAGUUCAUGCAAGGUAUUUACUAUGAAAAGAGAUGGGACCAAGACAUAGAUGACUUUCACAGAGAAAUGAAUAUUGUGCGACUGGUGAAGAAAUAAUUUGUUGUAAAUAAUUGGUUAUUAUAGGACACCUUAGUUCUGUAUAGCAACUGUGAUGUGUGAAAUUAGUUAAAACAUAGUUAAUGUUAUUGUUGACAAUAAAUAAUUUAAAGAAAAUAAAGAAA